AGGGUGAGACCGAUCUGCCGGUAAGGCGCUGUAUCUCUUCCGUCUGACUGUACCGGCAGUUUUCGCUCAUGCUUUGCUCGCUAACGUUUCCCAUCGUUUCCCAUCGUUUGUUCGUCGUGCGACUUUCGUUCAAUCGCGUCUGAAAACUCUUAUGAUAUUCGUUUUUAUUUUCUAAUAUAUACUUACAGUGCUAGUGUUUUAUAAAUACAACUAAGGAAUUUAUUGGAAACUAUUCUUACAGCAGAAAUUAUCGUUUCCUUUUGCACCGAAUUGAUUAUUCAUCAAGAACAGUACUUCCGGAUGUAUAAUUGAAUGACAAUCAGAUAUUCAAAUUAAAAAUGUAUGUUUAUUAUUUAUCGUAGGAAAAUGAAAAUGAUUCAGUUGGGAAUAAAUAUACGAUUGCUUUAAUUUCAUUUAGAAUCAUUCUUAAGGAAUAUUAUUGUAACAGUAACUUAACGAUUGAAAUAGUUCUGAAAUGGAAAGCGAGAAUAAUCAAAUGCUGAUGAGAAAAUAAACAAGACAUCCCAACAGAUAGAGCCAAGGGUUUGACAGACUCAUUAUGCAUUUCACUAGAACCCGACAAAACGUGAAACAUAUGCACAAGCUGCGUUAACAACCACUCAAAUGAUAUGGCGAUGAGAUGAAAUCCAAUGAUCGAUGGCCGUCGCUGUGGUUAUGCACAUUAUUAUGGUUUCAAACAUUUUCUGUCAGCCAAUUUCAAAAUACAGUUACUACGUGCCCUAGCCAAAUACCAGACCAAUCAUGCUGGUGUCACGAUGUAGAAGACGGGAUAUCACUCGACUGUCCUGGAGUUUCCGGAACAAGUGUUUACACUGCUUUAGCCUCUGUAAAUGGGCCAAUUCAAUCACUUAACAUUUAUGACCUCGAUUCUUCUGCUUUAUCUUUAUCAUUAGCUUUUUUUCCUCUAAAUAUCACAUUAAAAGAACUUCAAAUAUCUCAUUCAAAUAUAUCAAUUAUUACUGAAAAUGGGCUAUUCAACAUAAAAAACUUGGAAUCUUUUUCAAUGAUUUCUGGCAAGCUCAAAGAAAUACCUCAAAAAGCUUUCAUGGGGUUAACAUCGUUAAAGAUAAUUGAUAUCGAAUCUAAUGAAAUAAGCGAGCUAGGAAGCUACACGUUUACUGGUUUGAAUUUGGUUAAAAUAAAUUUGAAAGGAAACUCAAUAGUUAAAAUUUCAGAAUAUGCAUUUGCUGGAUUAGAAAAUAGUCUAUCAGAAUUAGACUUAUCAGAAAAUAAAAUAAAAACUUUUCCAACAUCAGCAGUACGACGGUUAGAAAGGUUGAUUUCAUUGAGGCUUUCUUGGAACGAGAUAACGUCAAUACACGAUGAUCGCUUUUCUUUUAUGAAGAACCUAGUACAGUUGGAUCUAAGUUCUAAUUACUUUGAAUCAAUUCCUGAAGAUGCAUUCCGUCUAUUCCCAAAACUAGAAAUGUUAUCUCUUUAUUACAAUUCAAUUGAAGGUAUUCAUAAAAGAGGAUUUAGUAGUUUGACUUUCCUCGAAUCACUUGAUAUAAGUCAUAACAAAAUUAUUUAUAUGGAUGCAAACACAUUUAAGUACAAUGUACGUCUCAAAAAAAUUGAUCUAAGUCAUAAUCAUAUUCAUUAUAUAACUGGCUUAUUUAAAAAUUUACCAGAGCUUAAAGAAGUAUUUUUAUCCGAAAAUAAUAUAUUAGAAAUUUCAAGUGAUUCAUUUACAAAUUCAAUAAAGAUUUCUGUAAUUUACAUUUCCCAAAAUGCUAUAAAAAAUAUCGAACCUGGUUCUUUCAGUAGUUCUUUUGAUUUAAAUGAACUUUAUUUAAGUGAAAACUACUUAAAAAGGAUAGACAGUUUAUCUUUUUCCAACUGUUACAAUUUAACUUCUUUGAGUUUAGAUAGCAAUUUAAUUCACAGCAUUAAUAUUGAUGCAUUUCAAAAUAAUGUUCACUUAAAAGAACUUCGACUACAAAACAAUAAAAUAUCAACUAUAAAAAAAAUGCAUUUUGAGAAAUUACCAAAUUUACUAGGAUUAUAUUUACAAAAUAACAUAAUUUCUGAAAUAGAAAAUGGAGCAUUUCUUCAAUUGAAAAAUCUUCAACAUAUAAAUUUACAAGGUAAUCAUCUUAAGCAUUUGGAUGAUAUAUUUUCACAAAACCAAUCAUUAGUAUCAAUACAUAUUGAUUCAAACGCACUAACUAGUAUACAUAAUAGAUCCUUCCAAGGCCAAACUAAUUUAAAAAUAAUUUGGUUGGGUCAUAACAAAUUAAAAAAACUAGAUAAAACUCUUUUUGUGGACAUUAAUCAUACUCAAAGAAUUUAUUUUAAUAAUAAUUCUAUCGAAUAUAUUGAAUUAGGUUCGUUCGAAUCUAUGCAAGCUUUGACAUUUAUGGACUUAAGUUUCAAUCAGCUCAAAGAAAUUUCAUCAAAAAUGUUUGCUGAUCUUAGAGGUUUAGAAGAAUUACAUCUUGCCAAUAACCGUAUAUCGCACAUACAACCGAAUUCAUUUGCAGCACUCAAAAGAUUAACUAUAUUAGAUUUAUCAGAUAAUCCAUUAAUACAACUUCAUAAAUACAUGUUUCAAAAAGAUCUACCGAUUCAGCAUUUAUAUCUGAAUAACUGCUCGUUAAAAACAAUAGACAACGGCUCAUUUUCUAACCUGAAUGAUUUAUCCGAACUCUACUUGAAUAAAAAUUUCUUAGCUGCUGAAUCAUUAUUGCAAAUUGACGUUCCUACUUUAACGACAUUAGACGUGUCAUUUAAUAAUUUAAUAGGACUUAAUUCAACAUUUUUAAAAUAUCUUCCCAAUAUUAAGCAAGUUAAUCUGGAUUACUGCAACUUGAAUCAAUUGUCGGGUUCAACUUUUAAGUUUAAUCUUGAAAUAAGCACUUUAUCAUUAAGGCAUAAUAACUUUAUAACGUUUCAUCCUGAUGUCUUCAAGAGUCCGAAACGAUUGACUUCUUUGACAUUGGAUGACAAUAAUUUAGAUGUAAUGCCUUACUCUGCUUUAGCGGGCUGUGAAAAUUUAGAAAAGUUAUCACUUAUUAAAAACAAUUUAACAACAUUAGACAUGUCAAAACUAACAAGCAUGAAAAAUCUUAAAUCUCUCGUAGCAAAUUCAAACCGUGUUCAAUCUAUAUCUGGAUUUCCACCAACCUAUUUCACAAUGUUGACGGAAUUAAAUUUGGCCAAUAAUAUGNCAGAAUUAAAUUUGGCUAAUAAUAUGUUAUCAUCAUUUCCUCUAAAUAUCUUUCAAUCUCUCGAACGUCUUGACAUUUCAUACAACAAUUUUAGACAAAUUCCAGCAUUAAUAAAAAAUUUGCGAUUUUUAAACCUUACCCACAAUCCAAUUUUUCAAAUACGUGAUACAACCAAACAAUAUGUCAAUGAAAAAUCAAAUAUUGAAGAACUAUAUAUGACCCAAACAAAUUUAACAGUUUUAAGUAGUAAAGAUUUUGAAAAUUUUCGUGAUCUACAUAAUUUACAUUUAAGUAAUAACCGUAUAUCAAAAAUAUCUCCUGGGACAUUCAGCGUUCUAGAAAACUUAUACACACUAGACUUAAGUCUAAAUCGUUUGGAGUUGUUGCCUCAAGAAAGGUUACAGGGAUUAUUCCGUUUACGACUUCUAAAUUUGUCACACAAUUCAAUCCGAGAAAUUGAUGACUUUUCCUCAGAUUUAAUAUCACUUCAAAUACUUGAUAUAUCAUACAACCAAUUGUUAAAAUUAAAUAAAGGAUUAUUCAGAAACCUCGAAAGCUUAUCUGAGUUAUAUUUGUAUGGUAAUUGGAUAUCUUCAAUUUCACCAGAUGCUUUUAGAGUUUUAAAAAAACUGAAGAUAUUGGACUNCAGAUGCUUUUAG